UCUCAAUACUUAGAAAAUGUUUGUGCCCCAUGUGAAACGGUGUUGUUUCUGCCUACCUCUACGUUCUGGAAUAAUUCUUUUCGCCUACGUCAAUAUUAUAUUUUCGGUGUUGUCAGUGGCAUGCCUGGUGAUGACGACGGAACUGCAGAAGGUGUCGAUCACCAACGACGCCUCCGUCGAGGUGGUCACCUCCACGGUUCUGUUCAGCAUCCUCGGCAUGGGAGUCAUACUUAACUUCUUACUCCUUAUUGCUGGGUAUCAGAAGGACAUUUGUAUGCUGCGCCUGUACAUUGCGUAUUUGAUGGCGACAAUGCUGGCGGCAUUAGUGCCGAUAAUAAUAUUGCUGUCGCGGAAGAUUUUUAUCGAAGUCACUAUCGCCUUGAUCGCUUUAGCAUUACAGUUGUACGUAAUCAUCCUGGUGAGGAGUGAGGUGAUCAAGUUGGAGGAGGAGGGGACUGCCCUGGACGAGAGACCAGUGGACUACCAGGACCAAGUGGAGAUACAAGACUGUGUUACGCUGUUGUAAA